UUAAGGUCUAAUUCGCAAAUGUAAACAAACUGAGUUUUCGCUAUUAUGACAUUAGAUAAAAAAAACUCAUAUUAUAUUUAUGAACCGGUGUUAGCCCGGUUUGUAUUAGUGCGAAACCGAACAUUAUAUUAGCUAAAUCCAAAGUCGAGUUAUUCAAUCUAAUUACAAUGGUUGACAAAGUGUUAAUGCGUUCAAAAUACCGGGGUACCCUUCUGGGGGCUUUGGUCGGAGAUUGCUGUGGAGCCCCAUUCGAAGGUCAGCUGAUGGACAGUGGAUCUAAACUGGUGUUGAAAAAGAACCUCGAUACACUUGAAGGGCCAUUUUUCAAAGCACCAUACAAAAAGUUCACAGAUGAUACCGCAAUGACUAGGUGUGUGGCGAAUGCAUUACUCGAUCCAAACGGAUUUUCUCAGAAACUUCUGGCGAAAAAUUUUGUUAUGGAGUAUUAUAAAGAUCCUACCCGUGGUUACGGUGCUGCGGUUGGAGAUGUAUUCGCAAAACUUCGUACGACCAAAAUCGCCGAUCCAGUUGGACCAGCGCAAGAGCAAUUUGAUGGAAGAGGUUCUUACGGCAACGGGGCAGCGAUGAGAGUUUCUCCUAUAGCUUUAUAUUGCGCAAAACGGGAGAAAGAUCAAUUACUACAGCUAGUGCAUGAUUCAUGCACUGUUACCCAUGCAAACAUUCUGGGUAUCAAUGGAGCAAUUCUGCAAGCUUUAGCUAUCAAGCAGUGCCUACUACUAGAUCCGAAUGGAAUUCUUGAUAAAAAAAUGUAUCUUUCAUCAUUGAAGAGAGAUAUAAACGAAUUGGAAAAAGCAAAUGAUCGUGAUCUAGAUGCAAACUGCAACGCCUACGAAACACAACUUAGUGCAAUUGAACAACUUUUGGAUGGAAAAGUGGAACCAAGUGACGAAAAUGUUCUGAAUAUGCUCGGUCAUAACGUUAGCGCACUAUAUUCUGUUCCCACAGCAUUAUUUUGCUUUUUGAAGUGCACUGCAGGAACAUUGAACAUCGCUGGCCAAUCUUCUUUCCGCAAUACCCUAGAAUAUGCCAUCUCGUUAGGAGGAGAUACCGACACAAUUGCAAGUAUGGCGUGCGCCAUCAGUGGAGCCUACUUCGGGAGCACAGUUAUAUCAGAAAACCUCAUCCGACAUUGUGAAGAUGCGGAGGGAAUGAUUGAAUUAGCAGACAAACUGUUAGAAUUGUGAAGCCAUAUGCAGUUUUUAAUUGUUUCCGAUGCAGCUGGCGUUAAAGACGCGUAAUCGAACUUUUUUCACUUUUUUGUACGCAAAUGAACAAAUAAAAAUUAUUUUAUAAAAUUGAAUUAUCA